UUGGACCCUCGUGAUGUGUCAGUUACACAGAGAAGAGUCAACACACCAGUGACGGGAAGUUCGGCUCUUUACAGUGAAUCAGAUCAUUUGUUUAAGCUCAUCUGAAAGAGUCGGUUCAAAGAGUCGGCUCGUUUGUGAAUGACACAUCGGUACGUGAAUACUGAUUCUUUUUUGGAUUUUAUAUCACAAAUCGGAUUUAAUCUGUGAAAUAAACAACAACAACACCACCAUUAACAGACUUCGUCUGUAAGCUCUCAGCCAGGAAACGUAGUGACUGUGUCUGUGAUCAUGUCCUUUAGCCUCUCCUCUCUCUUUCUCUCUCUCACUCACACACACAAACGCGCGGAUAUAUAAAUGCGAGACAGUAACUUCACACUUGUGCGCGCACACACACACACACACACACACACACAGUGUUUCGGGUGAUAGCAUGGCGGAUGAUCCGCUGGUUGGGGCAGUGGACCAGGGGACCAGCUCCACAAGGUUUCUGGUGUUCAAUGCUAAAACAGCUGAGCUUGUCAGUCAGCAUCAGGUGGAAAUUACACAGAGUUUCCCCAGAGAAGGAUGGGUGGAAGAAGACCCCAAGGAGAUCCUGCAGUCUGUGUACGAGUGCAUGGAGAGGACCAGUGAGAAACUCACUCAGCUCAAGAUUGACAUCACCAAUAUUAAAGCCAUUGGAGUGACCAAUCAGAGAGAGACGACGUUGGUGUGGGACAAAGAGACUGGAGAACCUCUCUACAAUGCCAUUGUGUGGCUGGACUUGAGGACUCAGUCUACUGUUGAGCAUCUCAUUGAGAAAACGCCUGGAAAGAACAAAAACCACUUAAAGGUGAUGAUGAGGUGUCUCGCACAUACACACACUCACAAGCAUACACAUGCACACACAUGCACACACACACACAGACACACACACAUACACACACAUACACACACUCACACAUGCACGCACGCACACGAGAAAAUGCCUGGAAAAAACAAAAACCACUUAAAGCAUAAGACAGGUCUGCCCAUCAGUACGUACUUCAGUGCGGUGAAGUUGCGCUGGUUGAUGGACAAUGUGGUGGAGGUGGACGAGGCUGUGCGCUCUCACCGCGCCAUGUUCGGAACUGUCGACUCCUGGCUUAUAUGGAGUUUAACUGGAGGGAAAAAUGGUGGCGUUCACUGCACAGACGUCACCAAUGCCAGCCGCACAAUGCUGUUCAACAUACACACUAUGGAGUGGGACCUGGAUCUGUGCAGGUACUUUGAUGUUCCUGUUGAAAUCCUCCCAGAGGUUAGAAGCUCUUCAGAAAUAUAUGGUUAUACGAGCUCAGGUUCACUGGUGGGCAUACCAAUUUCUGGAUGUCUGGGCGAUCAGUCAGCUGCUCUUGUGGGACAGAUGUGCUUUAGAGAUGGUCAGGCCAAAAACACAUAUGGAACUGGUUGCUUCAUGUUGAAAAAUACUGGACUCAAGCCUGUGAUGUCAGAACAUGGCCUCCUCACAACAGUUGCCUACAAAAUGGGAAAGGACAAACCUGCUUACUAUGCACUCGAGGGAUCUGUUGCAAUUGCUGGAGCAGUAGUGAGGUGGUUGAAGGACAAUCUGGGAAUCCUCAAAUCCUCUUCUGAAAUUGAAAAGUUGGCUGCUGCAGCUGGGACGUCAUAUGGCUGUUAUUUUGUUCCAGCAUUUUCUGGGCUUUACGCUCCCUACUGGGAACCCAGUGCUCGAGGGAUUAUCUGUGGCCUGACACAGUUCACAAACAGGAAUCACUUGGCUUUUGCAGCACUGGAAGCAGUGUGUUUUCAAACACGAGAGGUUUUGGAUGCGAUGACUCGAGACAGUGGCGCUUCACUUACUCAGUUACAGGUAGAUGGAGGAAUGACGGCUAACAAAUUACUAAUGCAACUACAGGCUGAUAUCCUCUGUAUCCCUGUUGUGAAACCUUCUAUGUCUGAGACCACUGCACUGGGGGCAGCAAUGGCUGCUGGAGCAGCUGAAGGGGUCAACGUGUGGAGCCUAAAUCCUGAGGACAUGACCUGUGUGGUGUUUGAGAAAUACCAACCUCAGAUUAAACCAGAAGAGAGUGAAUUCCGAUACGCCAGAUGGAAGAAAGCUGUCCAGAAAGCCAUGAACUGGGAGACUAUGGAUCCACUUUUUAACAAGAAUGGUUAUCAGAACUAGACAUAUGAAGCACUGCUGCUACCUGAAAACUCGUUAAUUCAGGCUGAAGAGAUUUGUGCAGUGCUGCUAUCCAUAACAAAGGAAGUGCAUUUUCUGGGUACAUUUUGGGUGCAUGAACCAGAGUCUGAUUGCACUGUGUGUCCAUUGUUUCUGAUCCAAGCAGUCCCAGCUUUCCUCUCAUUUAAAAUGUGUUUCAUUCCAAGCUGACAUCCUGUGGUCAGGCUGCUAAACUGCCCUGAGUGCAGAUUAUAUAACCCCAGUUCUGAAAAAGUUGGAACAUUAUGGAAAAUGCAAAAAAAAAAAAGAAAUCAUUUGAAUAUACAGUUCACCUUGUACUAUAUUGAAAACACAUAAUUAACACAUUAUUUGAUGUUUUAUUUUGUGAAUUUAAUGUAUUUUUGAAAAUAUACACUCAUUUCAAAUCUUAUGAUUGCAACACACUCCAAAAAAGUUGGGACAGAUAAUUGUUUACCACUGUGUAACAUCACCUUUUCCUUUUAAUAACACUUAAGCGUUUGUGCACUGAAGACACCAGUUGGUUAAGUUUAGCACACAGAAUUUUCACCCAUUCAUCCAUUAUGCAUUUCUUCAGCUGCGCAACUGUACAGGGCCUUCGUUGCCUUAUUUUGCGCUUCAUAAUGCGCCACACAUUCUCAUUCAGAGACAGGUCAGGACUGCACCAGGCCAUGCUAGCACCCGCACUCUCUGCUUACGCAACCAUGCACUUGUAAUCCGGGCAGAAUGUGGUUCGCUGUUGUCCUGCUCUGGAUGGCAGCAUAUGUUGCUCCAAAAUGUGUACAUACAGUGCAUCCGGAAAGUAUUCACAGCACUUCACUUUUUCCACAUUUUGUUAAGUUACAUGCUUAUUCCAAAAUGGAUUAAAUUCAUUAUUUUCCUCAAAAUUCUACAAACUAUACCCCAUAAUGACAACGUGAAAGAAGUUUGUUUGAAAUCUUUGCAAAUUUAUUAAAAAUAAAAAACAAAAAAGCACAUGUACAUAAGUAUUCACAGCCUUUGCUCAAUACUUUGUUGAAGCACCUUUGGCACCAAUUACAGCCUCAAGUAUUUUUGAUUAUGAUGCUACAAGCUUGGCACACCAGUUUUUCGGCAGUUUCUCCCAUUCUUCUUUGUAGGACCUCUCAAGCUCCAUCAGGUUGGAUGGGGAGCGUCGGUGCACAGCCAUUUUCAGAUCUCUCCAGUGAUGUUCAAUCGGGUUCAAGUCUGGGCUCUGGCUGGGCCACUCAAGGACAUUCACAGAGUUGUCCUGUAGCCACUCCUUUGUUAUCUUGGCUGUGUGCUUAGUGUCGUCGUCCUGUUGGAAGACGAACCUUUGCCCCAGUCCGAGGUCCAGAGCGCUCUGGAGCAGGUUUUCAUCAAGGAUGUCUCUGUACAUUGCUGCAUUCAUCUUUCCCUCGAUCCUGACAAGUCUCCCAGUUCCUGCCACUGAAAAACAUCCCCACAGCAUGAUGCUGUUACCACCAUGCUUCACUGUAGGGAUGGUAUUGGACAGGUGAUGAGUGGUGCCUGGUUUCCUCCAGACAUGACACCUGUCAUUCAGGCCAAAGAGUUCAAUCUUUGUUUCAUCAUGGUCUGAGAGUCCUUCAGGUGCCUUUUGGCAAACUCCAGGCGGGCUGUCAUGUGCAUUUUACUGAGGAGUGGCUUCCGUCUGGCCACUCUACCAUACAGGCCUGAUUGGUGGAGUUCUGCAGAGAUGGUUGUUCUUCUGGAGGUUCUCCUCUCUCCACAGAGACAUGCUGGAGCUCUGUCAGAGUGACCAUCGGGUUUUUGGUCACCUCCCUGACUAACGCCCUUCUCCCCCGAUCGCUCAGUUUGGCCGGGCGGCCAGCUCUAGGAAGAGUCCUGCUGGUUCCAAACUUCCUCCAUUUAUGGAUGAUGGAGGCCACUGUGCUCAUUGGGACCUUCAAUGCUGCAGAAAUGUUUCUGUACCCUUCCCCAGAUUUGUGCUUCAAUACAAUCCUGUCACAGAGGUCUCCAGACAAUUCCUUGGACUUCAUGGCUUGGUUUGUGCUCUGACAUGCCUUGUUAACUGUGGGACCUUAUAUAGACAGGUGUGUGCCUUUCCAAAUCAUGUCCAAUCAACUGAAUUUACCACAGGUGGACUCCAAUCAAGUUGUAGAAACAUCUCAAGGAUGAUCAGUGGAAACAGGAUGCACCUGAGCUCAAUUUUGAGUGUCAUGGCAAAGGCUGUGAAUACUUAUGUACAUGUGCUUUUUUUGUUUUUUAUUUUUAAUGAAAUUUGCAAAGAUUUCAAAGAAACAUCUUUCAUGUUGUCAUUAUGGGGUAUUGUUUGUAGAAUUUUGAGGAAAAUAAUUAAUUUAAUCCAUUUUGAAAUAAGGCUGUAGUAUAACAAAAUGUGGAAAAAGUGAAGCGCUGUGAAUACUUUCCGGAUGCACUGUAUCUGUUUGCAUUAAUGGUGUCCUCACAGAUGUGCACGUUACCCAAUGCCUGGGCACUGACACACCCCCAUACCAUGACAUACGCUGGCUUUUGGACCUGACGCUGAUAACAGCUUGGAUGGUCCUUUUCCUCUUUGGAACACGACGGCUGUUUUGUCCAAAAACUAUUUGACUCGUCGGUCCACAAAACAUGAUUCCACUGUGCUACCGUCCAUCUCAGAUGAGACCGAGCCCAGAGAAGUUGGCGGCGCUUCUUGACAGUGUUGAUGUAUGGCUUCUGCUUUGCAUAGUAAAGCCUUAACUUGCAUCUGUGGACACAGUGGUGAAUGGUGUUGACUGACAAAAGUUUACCAAAGUGUUCCCGAGCCCAUGUCAGGACAUCCAUUACAGACUCAUGAGGGUUUUUAAGACAGUGACGUCUGAGGGAUUGCAGAUCACGUGCAUUCAGAAGUGGUUUUCGGCCUUGCCCUUUACGCACCGAUAUUUGACCGGAUUCCUUGAAUCUUUUAAUUAUAUUGUGCACUGUAGGAGGUGAAAUGUCCAAAAUCCUACCGAUUUGCCUUUGGGGAAUGUUGUUCUCAAAGUGUUGGAUUAUUCACUGACGCAUCUGUUGGCAAGCCUCGACCCAUCCUUGCUCUUGAAGGACUAGGCCUUUUUUGGAGGCUCCUUAUAUACUAUGAUGAAAUGAUUUCCUCACCUGUGUUUUGGAAUGUGUUGCAUGUAUCAAUUUCAAAAUAAACAUUAUCUUCAAAAAAAAAAAAAACAACAACUAUGCAGUUGAUUAGGUAAAACAUCAAAUACUUUGUCUUUAUAAAUUUUUUGUUUAAAUACAAGUCAAAGUACAUUUACAAAUCACUCCUCUUUGUUUUUAGCAUUUUUUAUACUGUCCCAACUGUUUCAGAAUGUGGGUUGGAGUUACCUCAGCACACUUUUUGAAUGUUUAUUUGUCAAUAACAAGAAGCAGAAUAAAAGGAGAGUGACUGAUUGAUCCAGUAACCUACAGGAAGAAACUACUAUUUUUUGUCACCCUGUUUUUCUUUUCUUUUUUUAAAUAAAGCCACAAAAUUCAAUUGAGAAUUCCAACGAUUGUCUUAAAUUAACGAUUGUCAUUCCAUGCAAUGCCUGUAUACCAGUUUUGAAAUUCACAGUACACUAAUGAUACAAGAACUCUUUAAUUAGUGAAUUAUUUAACUAACGACCACUUUUAAAUUCAGUAAGUUCAACUUGAACAGACUGAUAGUAUUUCUGGAUGUGAAGUGUGAGUGGAUGUUGGAAUGAAUUUAAUGAAUGAGUUUAGUUUGAAGAGCUGUAGAACUUUGUUAUUAAUGUUAUUGUUUAUUAUUAAUGUGCUUACAUUGAUGCAAUUAAUAACUAUUUAUUGAUUUCAGUUGAUUUAUUUGUUAACUUGUUUGUGUAAGAAAAAAAUAAUCAGAACCAAUGGAACUGAGCAUUCUAAAAUUAUUUAUAAUUGGCUCCUAAUAGUUUUUAAUGUAAAGAUUAAAUCUCUGCUGGACUGACAUCCCAUACAAGGUGUAGUCCUCACACAUUCCUGGUGUUCCCAGGAUAAGCUCCAGCCCAGGAGAAAAGCAGUGCAAAGAUUAAGUGUUUUAUUGUUGAAUUUCAUCGUGAUGAUGUUUAAUAAAAGAUUAAAGUAAACAGUU